CCGUUCAAAUUCAGCAGCCCGUCGUAUAAGUUACUUAAAUCUUCUCCUAAAAUUCCCCAUCUCCGCAACACUCCUGACAAUGGCAGCUUCUCUCCGCAAGCUAAUUCCUUUCCUGCACUGUACUCAGAGUUGCAGGAUUUUCGAUUCCGGACUUCGAGAAUGUGUCAGAGGAAGCAAUUUUUGUAGGUAUUAUGUGACGAAUGUAAUGUCGUCAAAGGAGAGAUUGUUGAAAUUAGAAGAGGUAGAAAAUCAAGUGAAAACUGCAAAUGAUCAGAUUUCCGAGGACGAAAUAGAGAAAAUUAGGCGCGAAUUCAAUGGUGCCAAACAGAGGUUUCUCAAAGUUCCUGAUGCAGUGAAGCAAAUGCCCAAAAUGAAUCCUGAAGGUAUAUAUGUAAAUAAGAAUCUGAGACUGGACAAUAUACAAGUUUAUGGAUUUGAUUACGACUAUACUUUGGCGCAUUACUCUGGUAAUGUGCAGAGUUUGAUAUACAACCUUGCCAAAGAACACUUAGUCAAUGAGUUCAAGUAUCCAGAGAGUUGCUUGGACUUUAAAUAUGAUCAUUCAUUUCCGAUUAGAGGCUUAUACUAUGACAAGUCGAAGGGGUGUCUAAUGAAGUUGGAUUUUUUUGGGUCAAUUGAGCCUGAUGGAUGCUACUAUGGCAGGCGCAAGCUGAGCCAACAGGAAAUAGAACAAAUUUAUGGUACCAAAUAUAUUGGCCGUGAUCAAGCACAAAGACUCGUCUGCUUGAUGGAUUUCUUCUGCUUUAGUGAGGCAUGCCUUAUUGCUGAUAUUGUGCAACACUUUGUUGACGCAAAACUGGAAUUUGAUGCUUGUUAUGUCUAUGAAGAUGUAAAUCGGGCCAUUCAGCAUGUUCACCUCAGUGGCUUGGUUCAUAGGAGAAUCCUUUCUGAUCCCCAUCGGUACCUUGUCAAGAACGGUCAGUUAUUGUGCUUUCUAAGGAUGCUUAGGGAGAAAGGGAAGAAACUUUUCUUGUUGACAAACUCCCCUUAUUUCUUUGUUGAUGGUGGAAUGCGGUUUUUGUUGCAGGAGUCACUGGGCCAACAAGAUUCCUGGAGGGAGCUUUUUGAUGUCGUGAUUGCUAAAGCUAACAAGCCAGAGUUCUAUACUUCAGAACAUCCAUUUCGCUGUUAUGAUGUUGAGAAGGACACCGUGGCUUUUUCGAAGGUGGAUGCUUUUCUUCCUAAUAAAAUAUAUUACCAUGGAUGCCUCAAAUCAUUCUUGCAAAUUACACAAUGGAAAGGUCCAGAGGUUAUAUACUAUGGGGACCAUCUAUUCAGUGACCUAAGAGGGCCGUCAAAGGCUGGAUGGCAUACUGCUGCAAUUAUCCAUGAAUUGGGGAAUGAGAUACGGAUACAGAAUGAUGACAACUACCGUUUUGAACAGGCCAAAUUUCAUAUAAUACAAGAACUUCUUGGUAAGUUGCACGCUACUGUUGCCAACAAUCAGAGAAGUGAAGCAUACAGAUCACUGCUGGUAGAGCUAAAUGAAGAGAGACAGAAGGCACGCUAUACAAUGAAAAGCAUGUUUAAUAGUUCGUUUGGUGCCACUUUCCUUAAUGACUCUGGUCAAGAAUCUUCUUUUGCUUACAACAUCCAUCAGUAUGCAGAUGUGUAUACCAGUAAACCUGAGAACUUUUUAUUCUAUCCACCUGACGCGUGGCUUCAUGUACCUUAUGAUAUUAAGAUCAUGCCACACCAUGUGAAGGUCGCAUCAAGCUUGUUCAAGACUUAAUUCAUAGUUCCCUGCUGGUGGAUGAAAUACAAGCAAAAUGAGCCACAGAUAUCUACCACAUGGUUUAACCAUGGCCUUUGGCAACUUGCUGCAAGUAUCAAUAGUCAAUUUUUGUUUACUCAUCAAUUUUGCAUGCAUUGUUUCCUGAGAGGGGUUAAGUAACAGCAGCAUUUGACAACCACACGUUGGCUAGAAGGCGCUCAUAAUAAGGAUAUUGGUAUCCAAGGCUUUGAGUUCGCUGUGGCUGAGUUGCAGUUCUUGGAAGCCACAGUGAUGCAUCUCUUUUAUAAGCUCUCUUAUUGUUUUUGUGUACAGUUCCAGUUUUUCUUCUUAUUGAAAAUAUAGAACUUCUUGUUAUAGGAUAGAAACAUAGUUGUAGCUCCAAAAAAUUCAGCUUAAUUGAAACGUUGUUGCUUUAUCUACAAAAAAUUUU